CCCCAAUUCUCCAAAUGCAGGAAGAGCAUGGCAAAACUGACUGUUGUUGCGACUGUAUUAGACGAUAUAUAUGAUGUAUAUGGACAUCUUGAUGAGCUUGAGAAGCUAACAGAUGCAAUCAGCUGUUGGGAUUUAAAGGUCGUCGAGGACCUCCCAGAGUACAUGAGACCAUGCUACAUAGCCAUUCACGAGCAUGUUAAGGAAAUGGUGGAAGAUGCUUCAGAACGCCUUGGGAUGGACAUCCUACCCUAUAUUAAGCAAAAUUGGGCGAUUUACACAAGAGGAUACAUGGAAGAAUCAAGAUGGAUUUACAGUGGAUAUAUUCCUACUUUUGAUGAAUAUCUUGAGAAUGGAGUGCGUACAAUUGGUGCUCCUUUAGCCACCACCUAUGCAUUUUUUGGUACUCUGGAUCGAGAUACCAUAUCCAAAGAUUCCCUGGAAUGGAUCCAAAGUUCUGAUUCUGAGUUCUUAUAUUUAGCGGCACUUAUUGGCAGACUCUAUGACGAUUUACAAACAUCAGAGGAUGAAAUGGAGAGGGGAGAGGUGGUGAAUGCAAUAAAAUGCUACAUGGUACAAAAGAGAGUGUCCGAGGAAGAAGCACGAGAUCACUUAAAGGGCCUAAUAAGUGAUGCAUGGAAAAAACUUAACGGCUUGAUUGCCAGCAAAAGUCUGCCGGAUUGCCUCUCCGACAUAGCAUUGAACACGGCAAGAUGUUGGCAGCACAUGUAUAAGAAGGGUGACUGGUUUUCCGUACAAUCAGAGGCACAUAGAGACACUAUAAUUUCAUCAUUUUUGGAGCCUAUUCCGAUGGAACAAAACUAAUUCCCAUUAUCGACGAAUAAAUUCUUAAUGCUGUAACGAUCUGCUUUUAAUUUCUUUGCUAUGAAAUUGGAUGUAUUAAAUUAUUGUCCUUCGAAGGCAUACAAUAAACGUGCGUGAAUCAUAAUUAGAAGAAUGGCUUUAAUUAAUUAUUAGCGAAUUUUAGCUGUACAUUUGUCCAGUAAAUACCAGGUUCCGCAGUUUUCUAAAUAGUAUACAGUCUCUACAGAAGAAAUGUCGAUAUCAAAA